AUGCAAUUAAACGUCGAUAAUAAAGUGGCUGUCGUCACCGGUGGAACUCGUGGUUUAGGACUUUACUGCGCUGAAGCCUUUGUUGAAAACGGAAUCAAAACAAUCUUUAUCACCUCGCGUAAAGCCAAAGCAUGUGAAGAGGCUAAGAAGCACUUGGAAGAUUUAGCAAAGAAAAACGGCAAGUCGGUUGAGGUUGUCGCAAUUCCAGCCGACUUGGCUGUAGAGGAACAAGCCCAGAACUUUGCCAAAGAAGUGGAAAAGAGAGUCGACAAGAUUGACAUUUUAGUUGCCAAUGCUGGUGCUACUUGGGGUGCUCCAUUAGAGGAUCACAACGUUGCUGCAAUCAAGAAGGUUGUUAAUUUGAACUUUGUUGCUGUGUACCACUCCAUUCAGUUGUUCACUCCAUUGUUGGAGAAGGCAGCUUCGGUUGGAGACCCAUCAAGGAUUGUCAUCAUGUCGUCCAUCAUUAGUUUGGCUACUAACGAUAUUGUGGGAACUUACGGAUACCUUGGCUCUAAAGCUGCUGCAUCUCACUUGGGAAGAAACUUGGCAGUUCAGUUUGCACCAAGACACAUCAAUGUCAAUUCAAUCUUGCCAGGGUUUUUCCCAACAAAGAUGGCCAAUGGUUUAAUUGAAGUGGCAGGAAAGGGAUUGACAGAAACAAACCCUCGUGGUAGGUUGGGCGAGUCAGAAGAUUUAAAGGCAGCUCUUUUGUUUUUGUGCUCAAAGCAGGCAAACUACAUCAACGGGGUUGAUUUGUCAGUCGAUGGUGGUGCUCGUUUGAACUUGCCAGCAGCUCAUUUUUAA